GUCACCCUCCCCGCUGGGUGGCAAUGCAGAGGUAGUGACGUCACCGGGCUGUCUCUCGCUCCCUUCCUGCUGCAUCACAACAGCCGUUAGUAGCUCGAGUAGUGACCAGGGGGGACAGGAUAUCCACAGCCAAUUCAUUGAUAAAACAACUCGUAUUGACGCUGCAGCACUCCACAACAUCCUAACACGGGGGUAACGGACAGGAACUGGUUGCAGUGCGAUAACCCCGCUCCUCCAGCUGUUGGGAGAUGGCCAGGCCGGAACAGGUUCUGCUCUUGGAGCCUCCGCACGAACUGAAAUUCAGAGGUCCAUUUUCAGACGUGGUCACCACAAAUCUCAAGCUCUCCAACCCUACAGACAGGAAUGUGUGCUUUAAGGUGAAGACGACAGCGCCACGCAGGUACUGUGUGCGGCCAAACAGUGGAAUCAUCGAUGCGGGCACCUCAAUCAGCGUCUCAGUUAUGCUACAGCCUUUCGACUACGAUCCCAAUGAGAAGAGCAAACACAAGUUCAUGGUCCAGUCUGUGCUAGCACCUCCUGACAUGACCGACAUGGAGGGAGUGUGGAAGGAGGCUAAACCAGAUGAGCUGAUGGACUCCAAGCUGAGAUGUGUUUUUGACAUGCCAGUGGAGAAUGAAAAAACGCACGACAUGGAGUCCAACAAGAUGAUGUCGUCCAGCUUGCUGAAGUCAGAAUCCUCCACGCUGCCUCUGAAGUCAAUGAGCUCAACCCUCGAUGACGGGGAGGUAAAGAAGAUCAUGGAGGAGUGUAAGAGGCUGCAGAUGGAGGCUCAGAGGCUACGGGAAGAAAACAAACAGAUCCGGGAGGACGAUGGUCUGCGGAUGAGGAAGAGUAACGUGUUAUCUCAGCACUCCUCAAUUGGCAUGAAGAAAGACGAGGGCUUGAGCGCCCGCGCGAUGGCCCUCAUUGUGCUCUUCUUUGUGGUGGGCGUCAUUGUAGGCAAGUUGGUCUUGUAGAUGGCAGCGCAGAUCGGUCGGGCCGCAGCAUGCUUUCAGGGGGAUGAAAACAAACACGGGAUCAGGGAUUUUGGAUCAGGAAUGCCAUAUCCACCGGGUGGGGGGGCGGUAAUAGUUUUGAUUCAGUCUCAUUUAUGUAAAAAAUGUAAAAGGUAAUGUAUGAGAAUAUAAGGAAGAAAAAAACCGAUCAUCAUCUUAUGAACAAACCCACUGUUACAGGUCUUGCCUCUACGUAAACAUCACAUAGUCAUUCUGGCCCUCUUUCCCAAAGUUUCAUGUAUACAGAUGACUGGUUCUGCGCGGGGGGGGGGGGGGGGAGGGAGGUAAUGGAAACAUGAUUUAAUGCUAGUGAUCAAGACCAAUUUUCUAACACCGGCGAGGUAGUGUUGGUGCGACUGAGUCAGUUUGCAAUUGUGUGAAUGUCAUUUUAGUGUAUUGUUGUUUCUUUUUCUAAAUGACGGAGGCCAGAGCCAAUGUAUAUGUAUAUGUAAUCCCCCCCCACUGUACAGUAUAUCCAGGUGUUCCUUCCAGCUAAACCCCCUUUAAGGAAGGGAUUUACCAGAGAGAUGAUGCACACAGUCGGGGUUACACACACACAGGGCUAUCAAACUGACUCCUGCAAUCAGAGGCUUUGUAAAAUCGGCUCGUCUUUGAUUGUAGAACAACAUUGAUCAGUGAACACUAUAGGUCAUUUUCUUUCCUCGUGUCGUUUUUAUUUUCACGUUACCUUAUUCCCGUCACCUGUCACUCACUGCUCACCACAACCCCAGUUGUCAGAGGGGCGUCGUUUGAUUGCAUGCGUUCGCACAGAGUGUUGCAUUUGGACUUUUUGAAUCUAAUUUAAUUGCUUUUAUAAUGGUGAUCAUAAAGUCAUUUGGCUGUAGGUUUGCACAACAACAUUUUUCAGAUUUUCUUUUUCUCUUUUGUUGAGUUUUUAUGAUUUAAAGUAAUCUUUUUGUCGUUGGGGUUGAAUCAUUUAAGAAUUCUGCUGCUACAAAAAAAAUGAGCUCCAGAUUUGUAGGAUUAAAUCAUUUCUGUAAAUGUUAACCAGAUGAAAGGCUUGCCUUGUGACCUUUUUGGGUAAGUUAUUCUCAGGCCUAGACGGAGGACUAUACAGUACAUUAACAUAAAUAUACACAUUCACAGCAUGCAUACAUAUAGUGAGAAUGGGCAGGAAGUGCAUGUAGAGGCGACUGUUACGUGUUUCCCUUACUACAUCAACAACACCAAGGUCCUGCUUCAGUGUCCUCACAAAGGGACCUUGGUCUUUUCCAGCUCUUUUUUUGUUUUCUCAUUUUUUCCAACUGAGCCAUACAUUUGUUGACGUUCUGUUUUGUUUGGGACAAAUGUAUGUCAGAGAUCAAUUGAGUGUUUCAAGCUGCCUGCUCCAGCUUUCUGCUGCUGGUUAUGUUUUGCUGGGGGUUUUGUUUUUACUCCACUGCAGGCCUGUGUUCAGUUGUUGGUGUUUGUUCAGCAUUUAUCCGUUGCUUAUUAAUGUUAUAUCCUCACUGCAUUUGAAGACGUGUUCAUUUUUAAUGCUCCAAGAUUAAGAGUGUCUCUCCUUUGAUCUUCCUGCAAGCAUACAAAUUCAUUUUUUUUCUCAAGUGAGAUUUGGGGGGAGGGGAGGGGAGGGGAAGCAUACAGCAUACAGCCUAGUUUAUAUCCUUGAGGGGGACCACAUGAUGACAUUGUACUGUUCCAGAGCUGAUGGUUAUUUUUUGGUCAAAAAUAAACCGAAACAUAUUCUCAAAUUGUUUCAUCUCCAAAUUUGCAUGAGGGGGGAAAAAAGCAGUGGAGGGUGUCGUUCUACUUUGCAAUAUUUGAAGGAAAAAGACUAGUUGUUCAUAUUUUUAUCCAACUGUAUCCACUUGCGAUGCAGGAGUGCAUUACCCUUUGUUAAACUGAAAGGAAAAAUGACAAAGUCCCACCAUGUUUUCAUGUUAAGUGGAGUGGAAGAUGAUGGAUUUGACUGGCGGCUUAGAGGUUAAAAUAUACAUGAGCUUGUGUUUCUACUGUAUCUCUGUAAAGUUGUUGGGUUGAGGAUUACUUGCUGCUUAGAGGGAGGGCAGAGCAGACCUGAGCUACAGUCCCAUCUUGGGUUAUCAGACCUGGGUCAUAUAGUACUUGCAGAAAAUUAUUCUUGUUCAAUGAGUCCUGGUUGGAGUAUCAGAAUAUUUUACAUGGAAAAAAUAGUUCAAAGUACCAGAAUAUACAAUUAUGUGAUUUAAAAAUGUAUCCCUGUCCUGCUCUGAUGCAGUAACCCCCACCAAUGUGGUACUCCAAGUAGGAUUAAACAAACAAUAAUAAUUGCAUGUGAAUACUGAUUGAUCCAGGCCCGGCUGUAAAACACACUACACUGACCUGUCAUGGAGUCUCUGACCAUCACCGUGAUCAAUGUAAGCAGUCGGCAAACUGUUUUGUAUGUAUAUAAAUAAAUAAAUAAGUCUAUCUGAGAAGAAGAUUAAUAUUCCUAGUUCAAGUAGUCUCUCUGGUGUAUAAAAACAACCCAACCUGGUUGGACUAUGUAGCAUCUUAAUAAAUUAAAUGAAUAAAGCCCCUACCUAA